UGGCGAGUUGUCUCAGCUUGUACUUGCCUAUAGGCAUCUCUUUAAUACCAAAAGAAGAAAAAAGAAAGAUAGGAAAGAAAAAGACUGCAUUGAAUGUAAGAUCAUGCAAAAGCUACCAAUCUGUGGCUAUAUUUACCUGUUCAUGCUGAUUAUACUUGAUCCAGUGGAUCUUAAUGAUAGUAGUCAGCCAAAAGAGAAUGAAGAAAAAGAUGGACUAUGCAAUGCAUGUACAUGGAGGCAAAAUACAAAAUCUUCCAGAAUAGAAGCCAUAAAAAUUCAGAUCCUCAGCAAACUGCGUCUUGAACAAGCUCCUAACAUUAGCAGGGAUGUUAUAAGACAACUUUUACCCAAAGCUCCUCCACUUCAGGAACUGAUUGAUCUGUAUGAUGUCCAGAGAGAUGACAGCAGUGAAGGUUCUCUGGAAGAUGAUGAUUAUCAUGCUACAACUGAAACUAUUAUUACAAUGCCUACAGAGUCUGAUUUGCUUAUGCAAAUGGAAGGAAAACCAAAAUGUUGCUUCUUUAAAUUUAGCUCUAAAAUACAAUACAAUAAAGUAGUAAAGGCCCAGUUGUGGAUAUACCUGAGGCCAGUCCAGAAACCUACAACAGUGUUUGUGCAGAUCCUGAGACUCAUCAAACCCAUGAAAGACGGUACAAAGUAUACUGGAAUUCGAUCUUUGAAACUUGACAUGAACCCAGGCACUGGUAUUUGGCAGAGUAUUGAUGUGAAGACUGUGUUGCAAAAUUGGCUCAAACAACCUGAAUCCAAUUUAGGCAUUGAAAUCAAAGCUUUUGAUGAGAAUGGACGUGAUCUUGCUGUAACUUUUCCAGGACCAGGUGAAGAUGGAUUGAAUCCGUUUUUAGAGGUCAGAGUUUCAGACACACCAAAAAGAUCCCGCAGAGAUUUUGGCCUUGACUGUGACGAGCAUUCCACCGAAUCCCGAUGUUGUCGCUACCCGCUGACUGUGGAUUUUGAAGCUUUUGGAUGGGACUGGAUUAUUGCACCAAAAAGAUACAAAGCCAACUACUGCUCUGGAGAAUGUGAAUUUGUAUUUUUACAAAAAUAUCCACACACCCACCUUGUACACCAAGCAAAUCCAAGAGGUUCAGCAGGCCCAUGCUGCACUCCUACCAAGAUGUCCCCAAUAAAUAUGCUCUAUUUCAAUGGAAAAGAACAAAUAAUAUAUGGAAAGAUACCAGCCAUGGUGGUAGAUCAUUGUGGGUGCUCAUGAGGUCUUCAUUAGAUCCACUACUUUAUAAAUUGUGGAAGCUACCAAAAAAAGUCCCGUCCUCUCAGCAAUUUUUGAAACUGUGAAAUGAUGUACAAUAGACUAUAGCCUACAUUCAAUAUACUGUACAACAAGCUAUUGUACAGAACAGAUUCAUUACAAGACAAGCUACAGAAUGUGAACUAAAAGACAAUAAACGCAAUGGCUGGUUUUUAACCGGUGGAAAAGAAAAGCUACAAUCAAAAUCACUGGAUGGCAAUUUUUUUUUAUAUUAAGGGAAUCAGUUUUCAGUUAUUCAGACUCUAAAUUUAUAACCAGGUUUCAACAUAUGCAAGUAGACAAAAGCAAACUCCUUGUCUCCAGAGAAUGAAAGAAGGCUAUAAAACAUAUUUCUUUGCAGCUUAAUUUAAUAUUGUAUUUACAGAAAAAUAUAUACUGGUUACAUGUAGAUUUAUCAGAAUACCAUUAUUGGAAUUGUCCUUAAACACUUGAAUUUUUAGUGCAGAAUCACAAAACUGAUAUGUUCAAAUUCCACAAUAACAAACAAAUCCAAAAACAAACACUACAUACAGUGUUUCCAUUCCUUUUUUGAUUAUUAUAUUAGUAAUUUAUGCCAAUGGUGCUAUCACAGCAGGCUGAGUAAAAAUAAAGAUGGUUAUCUAGUAUAAAGAACUAGAUAAUUAGUACAAUAAUUAAUUUGCCCUCUCCUCAGGUACACAAAUAUUGAACAUUCACAAGAAAUAUACAUUUUUAAAAUAAAAACUGAAUAGAUUUAGAAACACUAGUUAAACAAAAUGUAGAAGACAAAAACAUUUAAAACCAUUAAUGGUGUAGUCCACAUUAUAACCUGCCUUUACAACAUUACAGUUUGCACUAUGAUAAACCAAUGCAAAUAAUUGGUUGCUACAAAUAUUGUAAAAAAUAUAUAGACUUUGAUAUGAUAGAAUUUGUGUAAUAUGUAUGCAUCAUUAUUUUGUAAAUAAAUGUUUCUUUUUUUAAUCAUUGUUGGUUUAUGUUUAUGUAAGAAAAAUUUCAAGUUAACCUGUACUUUAGUAAAAAAUCCGCUAGAAAUAAAAUCAAAUUCUUGUAUUUCAAUGCAAAUUACUUGUACACAAAAAUGGACGUAGCAAGAAAGUAAUACAGAGAAUUAAGUUUAUACUAUAUUUGUUUUAUAUGGUUUUUACAUUGGUAAAAUCCACUUGUAGAUAAAUGAUGGGUGUUGACAUGUUCAUAAUUUUUUUAUGCCUAACCAGUUUCAUUGUUCGCUUGAUCAACAAAUGGACUGAUAAAAUAUACUAUUAAUGUUAAAUACAUUUACAAUUAUAUUAAAAAACUAUUUCAUUAAAUGCAUUUUUCUUA